AUGCGUUUCUCCACCAUCACCGUUUCUGCCCUCGCCGGUCUGGCUGCCGCCUCUCCUAACUCCAUCGCCAGGCGCGAAAGCCAGCAGAUGACUGAUGUCAUCGCGUUCGCUGCCCAGCAAGCCGAUUGCAGCAUCUUUGACUGCGCUGCUGUGGUCGCUGCCGGUAUUUGCAUUGCUGGAGCAAUUGCAGUUCCAGGUGCCGUUCCCGCAGUUCUGGCUUGUGUUGGCGGUGGUGCUCCUUCGAUCUGCCCCUGCGCUGGAUGCAUCGACGCCCUUAACGACUUCUUGGUCGAGAACAACGUCUGCCCCGAGUAA